CAUAAGCUAACAUGUUUUACUUUUUGCUUUAGUUGUAUUGAUCACGUAUUUGCUUACAAAUUGAUAUCUGUUGUGAGUAUAAAAACAAAAAAAAUUAUUCUGUUAUGUUUGGUCACAUUUUCAAAGAGCCACUGUAGAGGGACCAAAGAGCCACAUGUGGUCCUAGAGCCACCGGUUGCAGAGCCCUGAUCUAAAGACAUGUCAUGUGGAGACACGCCAUCGUGCGUGUGAUCGACUGACCAACGGUCUUUCUCAGAGAAAGCGAGGCUGGAUAUAAACAGCAGGCAGGACCUCCGGAGCAGGCAUCACUGGUCCUCUGUCUCAGCUCCUGACACCCAUGCAGGAUGCCCGGGGGGCGUCGAGGAGCGCUGGUCCAGCUCAGCCCGAGUCCAUGACGCGUCGGGCCGCUUCGUCAUGCGUCUCCUGCCCGAGUCUCUCCGGCUCCUCUUCUUCUUCCUCUUCGUGAUGGGGGUGGCCCCGGCUCCGGCUCUCACMGCCGGCUGCCCCUACAGGUGCGUGUGCGACGAGCAGCUGGUGGUUCAGUGCGCCGGCCAGGACCUGACCCGGUUCCCCAACGACCUGCCCUUGGCGACCCGGCAGCUCAUCAUCUCCAACAACCUGAUCGGAGACCUGCCGGCCCUGCAGCUCAACUACCUGUCCGACCUGGUCUACCUGGACUGUAGCAACAACUCUCUGACGGAGAUCUCCGAGUCCACUUUCGGGAAUUUGCGCAAACUCGCCUACCUGGACUUGUCCUUCAACACCCUGCUGCAGAUCGAGGACCGGACUUUCGGGCCCCUGGCGUCUCUGGUCAUGCUCCGGCUGACAGAUAACCCGAGCCUGGGGGAGAUCCACCCGGACGCCUUUUCUGAGAACCUGGCUCUGCAGGUGCUGGAUGUGAGCCGGAACAACCUGACCAGCCUGAACAUCAGCAGCCUGAUCGCGCUGCCUGCGCUGCGCUCUCUGGGGCUCAGCGGGAACCCCUGGAGGUGCGACUGCGACACGGAGGACCUCUGCCUCUGGGUGCAGAUAGAGGGCUACAAGUUCCAAGCUUCCGUCAACGAGGAGGACGCAGCUAGCCAGGACUUUUCUCCACCACCGGAGCUAGCUUACCUUCAGAGCCCAGAGAGCGAAGAGCUGGUAGCAUCGUCAAACAACGGCUCAGAUUCUGCUGUGAGUGCGACCGUUAAAGCCUGA